AUGGAUGCCGCCGCACUUGCAAAUCUCCCUCGGUCUGAACUUGUUCAACUCGCUCGUACCAACGAGAUCGACCCAGAGCUGAAUAACGAAGAAAUAAUCGUCGCUCUUCUUACCCGAUUCCCAUUGGGUGUUGUUCCGUAUCUUGUUCAUAGUCGACGAAAUUCCUCUAUUUCGAGGUUCGUUGGACGAUUCAGGAACGCCUUGAAAACUGUCCGGCUUGGGUCGCGCAUCAAAUCGACGCCACUUGAGAGCGAACCAAUGUCUAUGGCUGCCUCCGUCGAAGCUGUCUACGAUAACCAAUCUGUCCGAGAUGAUGGGUGGUCGACUAGUGCAGAGAUUUCCCAUGCAAUUCCAACAAUUGUGGAGGACGACGCGAAUCCGGAAGAUGUACAACGGUUGAUGGCUCAGAUGGUCAAACUCUCGGCACAAAACAAAUCGUAUCUAGCCAGGGCUGCUGCUGUCAAAGCUGAAGCAGAUCGUCUCAAUAAGCUUGCCGCAGAAACGAAACGCCAGCUUAUCGUUGAACAAACUCGUCGGCAGCGAGUCGAAGACUACUACAAGUAUUGGAGAGCAAUGGAUGCAGAGUGGUCACACACAGCUAUUUGGGACAGUCAAAUCACUGUCGUUCCAGUAACUGCGCGUAUUCCAGGGGUCAAAGGGUCGUAUGUGAUUGAGAUGGAGGUGACGGAGUCAGACGACGAAAGAUUGCAAAAACAGUGGACAUAUCACCACAAAUAUUUCAAGCGCAGGAGGAGGGAGGCAAGGGGGCGGAAAGCAGAGCAGCGCAAUAUUCCGGUCGACAUGGUUUCGGACGUAGAGACGGCCUCUGAUGAGGAGGAAUUCCGUCAUCCAUUUGUUCUUACAGAUGCUGACGGAGAUCAAGGCGUUUCCGACUCGGAACGAUAUGUCUACCCCAUGAUGAACGAAGGCGAAGGGAUGUACUUGUUUCCGCCGGAGACUAUCGUAAUCAAGCAGCACGGAAGCCGCAAACGAAGGUUGGAGGACGGAGAAGGCCGCCAAGAGAAGCGGGCUCGAAGGACACAGGAGUCUGUGACAAUCCAGGGACUGCGGGAGGGCGAAACCGAAUUGGAUCGUGAUGUCCGCAUUCUGGAUGCUUUGAAUGUGGAUGAGAGGCACGAAUUGCGAGCUACGGGGCUUGAACGAGUGGGUGGUUGCCUCGAACUCCUACAGCCAUCUCGCUUUUCCGGGUCUUCGGGCUACGCGCAAGGAGCGACGUUGCACGUGAACGGCCGUUUUAGCAUGAACGGCUAUUCGUCGUUUGCCCAGCAGGGGGUCGUAAAUCCAGCAAUGCUGGCUCAAUAUCCAGGCGGUGGCGGUGGUCAACCUCAGUCACCCUUUGGCGCAAUGUCUCCCGCCCAACUUCUCAAUGGCAUGAGCCCAGUCGUACACCAACCCGUUAACACUAUUCCGCCUCAGAUUAUGCAAGUUCUUAGCGCGAAUGGUUAUACGACCGAAUCCUUGAGCAAUAUGGCCCCUGCGGACCGUAACGCCCUCUUUCGACAGGCUGCAAAUGCCUUCCGCCAACAACAACAACAACAUCAGCAGCAGCAGCAGCACCACCAACAACAACACCCACAACAUGACUUUGAGUCUUCCAACAUGCAAAAUGGGUUCAACAAGCCCGUUCCUCCCCAAUUUGGCCCUGGAUUCUCCCAACAACCCCAGCAGCCAUUCAAUAGACCAGUGGAUUCUCCCCAGGUUUUGCGGUCCAACUCAAUGGGUCCACCACCACCAGUCAUUCGCUCAAACUCUGCCGCAUCCUUAUCCGACUUUGGUGCGCCUCCCAAUCCAGCGCGGGCGCCCUCCUUUGGGCCACAAACGCCACAACGCCAACCCAGUAUCCCCCGUUCAGUUUCUCCAGUCAAACGCGAACAGACUACCCCAGCUCCAGCGCCAGCGCCUCCCGCCUCUUUCCUCGCACCUCAGCCUGGCCCCUCAGUCCCACGAGUCCGUGCUGGUGACCGUGUAACAGCGGUGCCUCUGUCGACUUCGAUGACCACAAUACCGCCGCUGAGUGCAGAAGACAUCAGCCAGGUCAAGGAGUGGAUGAAAGCGGACCAGGCUUAUGACCUGAUCCUCCGUGAUUCCAAAACACACAUGGGCGCUGAGUUGCGCGAUGCUGUUGGCCCACCGGCGGUGGGCUGGUGGGAGCGUGGGGCGAGGGUCUCGAACGGGAGUCGUUUCAUCGUUGGGCGGGAAGGUUUUGAGAUAAAAUGGCCAUACAAAAAGAAGGAGCGUGACGGGAGGAGGAAGCACAAACGAGAAGGCAUAAAACUACCGAGCAAGCUACGGCCAGACGAUGCCACUCGACCUGAAGAGCUUGUGCCCAUUCGACUCGAGUUCGAUUACGAACACCACAAAGUUCGGGACACGUUUGUUUGGGAUAUGAAUGCGACUAUUGGUCCAGAGGACUUUGCCCAGUCAAUGAUUGAGGACUACAGUCUCCCUACAUUGUACCACGGUAUCAUUGUCAAGUCCAUCCAAGACCAGCUGAGCGAUUACCGUGCGCAUUCCUCAAAAUAUGACGGAGACUCGUGGGAUAUUGUGGAGAAGGAGAGAGAUACCCUUGGCGCUGGCAAGCUGGACGAGGACAGCGCGGCGUUUUGGGAAAACUGGCGAAAUCGUUUACGAAAGGACUUCAUCACAAGUCGAGCUGAGCGCACCAAAGGAAGAAAACGCCGUAAGGUCAUAGCAGAGGACGACGGGGUUGAGCCGCCCAAGGCUCUCGAUGAAUUCACCCUCAACAUGAAAACCAUGCGAGAAGAUACUCGAAUAGUUAUUCGGCUGGAUAUCACUGUUGGGUCCAUUAAGCUGGACGAUCAGUUCGAAUGGGAUUUAGACAACGACGAUGCAUCCCCAGAAGCAUUUGCAGAGCUUCAUGCUCAAGAGUUGGGCUUGGGUGGUGAAUUCAAAACUGCAAUUGCACACUCGAUAAGAGAGCAGCUGCACGCUCACCAAAAAUCUAUAUUCCUCGUGGGCCCACAAGACGAAGAUCUCCGUCAUUCCUUCCUUCCCACUCUAACGACCGGUGCUCGUGCAAUGGACCAAGUCCAAUCUUUCACGCCUCUUCUCAACUACCUCAGUGAUGGCGAGCUCGAACGCAAUGAGAAAGAACGCGACAAAGAUUUCAACAAACGAAAGAAACGAGGGCGAGGAGGACGACGAGGUGUGGUUUUACCUGACCGGGAACCUAUACGGACGUGUCGAACACCCGCUAUCGGCUUUCCAGAGGCAGAUCCGGCCACUGUUGCGGCUGCGGCUGCAGUUAAUGCUCCAGUUUCCCGUCGGGCUGCUGCUGCUGCUGCUUCAGUCACGAUCGCCAACCUUGUCGCCUCUGAAAAUGGAGGACCUGCGUUUACACCCUCUGUGAUGCCGACACUUCCUGCGCCUGCCCCUCUUGUCUUCAAAGAAAAGUCUGUGAAAGGAUUCUUCAAACCACCACCGUUUAACCCGGCUAUUCUCCGACCACGCGCCCGCGCAAAUCCGUCAGUGCCGCCAUCCACUGCCGUUGAUAUCUCUACAUUACCUACACCUCUGGAAAAUGACCCUCCCCCACGUCCUACAGCAGCGCCCAUGAUUGUCACGGAUAGAUCUCGGCCGUUUACUGCAAAACAAAAGAAGGACGCUGAACGGGAGGCAAAGGAGAAGGAAUUUGCUGAGGGGCAGCGGCCGAAUAUGAUCGAUGGUGUGUGGCAUUGUUCCAACUGCGGUUGCCCAGAGGGCCUGGCAAUCGGACGGCGAAAAGGACCGCUUGGGGACAAAUCGCAAUGCGGUACCUGUGGUAAAUAUUGGCAUAGAUACCGCAAGCCUCGUCCUAUCGAGUACAACUCGAGCUAUGAAUUCCAUGCAAAUGGGCAGAAGAAGGAGGCCGAGGUUAUAAAACGGAAACGUGGGCGACCGCCAAACUCGACUCUGCCGGCCACGCCAGUAGAUACAUCGGAGCCGCAAACGCCCCGAGAAUCAAGGCAGUCUCGGGAAGCCUCGCCGGUGUCGACCACUUCGAGUGCAUCUGAGGUACCCCUUGCUCAGCGGCUAAAAACCAACUCCUCUCCCCUUGUUCAGCGGAAUGGGACUGAUCCUGCACCAACAUCGACACCGGCGGCACCAGUUACCCAGCCACCAGCUCCUCCGCCAAACCCCGCUCCAGACCCAGUCGUUCUCCCCCCAAAACCAACGCAGCCGCCGCAAUGGCUUAUGGACUGUAUGGGGGAGUUGCAAAAUGAGUGGAAGAAUGAUAGGUUUGAGGUAAUAUGCAAGGCCAACGCGACUGAGUGGGAAUGGCGGAUAAAGUGUUUGGACUGUCCUGGCAAGGUGUACAUCACUGGCCCUGGCGAGACGCUGAACAAUUAUGAGCUGCAUCUGAGGAAUCGGUUCCACCGCCAGAAAGCCACGGAGAGGAUGCGCAAUAACCCGAACCCUACCAAUGUCUGCUUCCACUCCUACACCACAUCUUGCAUGGCAGCCAAUAGCCCCACUUUUGUAACGGACCGCGCUCGGCUGAAGCACACUGAACUGAAGGCAAAAGAGAAGGCUGAAAACCAAGGGCAGCGACCGAAUAUGAUUGACGGUGUAUGGCACUGUUCCAACUGUGGUUGUCCGGAUAGUCUGGCAAUUGGACGACGGAAAGGACCUCUGGGGGACAAAUCGCAAUGCGGCUCUUGUGGCAAACAUUGGCACCAGUAUCGCAAGCCGCUUCUCGUCGAGUACAACACGAGCUAUGAAUUCCAUGCCAAUAGGCAGAAGGAGGCCGAGGUUAUAAAACGUGGGCGACCACCAAACUCGACUCUGCCGGCAACGCCAGUGGAUACAUCCGAGCCGCAAACGCCCCGAGAAUCAAGGCAGUCUCGGGAAGCCUCGCCGGUGUCGACCACUUCGAGUGCAUCUGAGGUACCACUUGCUCAGCGGCUAAAAACCAACUCAUCUCCCCUUGUUCAGCAGCAUGGGACUGAUCCUGCACCAACGACACCGGCGGCACCAGUGACCCAGCCAUCAGCUCCUCCGCCAAACCCAGACCCAGUCGUUCUCCCCCCAAAACCAACGCAGCCGCCGCAAUGGCUUAUGGACUGCAUGGGAGAGUUGCAAAAUGAGUGGAAGAAUGAUAGGUUUGAGGUGAUAUGCAAGGUCAACGAGACUGGGUGGGAAUGGCGGAUAAAGUGUUUGGACUGUCCCGGCAAGGUGUACAUCACUGGCCCUGGCGAGACGCUGAACAAUUAUGAGCUGCAUCUGAGGAAUCGGCUCCACCGCCAGAAAGCCACGGAGAGGAUGCGCAAUAACCCGAACCUUAGUGUGUCAUAG